AAUUUCCCAAAUCAGAACACAUGAGAUGAAUAGAAAUGUUCGAAUUGUUGAUUGAUCCUCCUGUCUGAUUGGUUAAAGAAGCAAUUCUCUGUAGAUUUGGAUUCGAAUAGAUUUGGGGAUAAGUGAAGGUUUUGGCUUAAGGGUUCUUUUUAGAUUCCUUUAAAGAUUUGGUUUGGUAGUUAAUUUGCUACAAAGGUGGAAACUUUUUUAGUUUCUCCCCCACACAAUCAAUUUCGAAGCUUUGUGAGGGAAAGAAAGUCUUGGUUUUUAUUGCCCUUUACUCUGGAAUUGUAAAAAUUCAUGCUUUGAAUGAUUUGAUCCCCAAUUCUGAUCAAUGAGUUUGAUUUGAAGCUUUUGUUCUAUCCAGCAGACAAUAAGGUCUGAAUCAAGGAAACUGGAAUUUGCGGUUUUGGUUUCAACUUCUUGGGAUGGAUGAAAAUAAUGGAGGUUCAAGUUCACUUCCACCUUUUCUUACUAAAACAUAUGAAAUGGUAGAUGACUCGUCUUCUGAUUCGGUUGUUUCUUGGAGUGAUAACAACAAAAGCUUCAUUGUCAAGAACCCAGCGGAGUUUUCAAGAGACCUUCUUCCGAGAUUCUUCAAACACAAGAAUUUCUCGAGUUUCAUCCGUCAGCUUAAUACAUAUAAAAGUUGACCCUGAGAAAUGGGAAUUCUUGAAUGAGGAUUUUGUUAGAGGUCGACCUUACCUUAUGAAGAACAUUCAUAGACGAAAACCGGUUCAUAGCCACUCGUUAUCGAAUAUACAAGCGCAAAAUCCGUUGACGGAAUCAGAAAGACGGAGCAUGGAGGAUCAGAUCGAAAGACUGAAAAAGGAGAAAGAAGGCCUUCUAGUGGAGUUACAAAGCCAAGAGCAAGAACGUAAAGACUUUGAGAUGCAAGUAACAACACUGAAAGAUCGGUUACAACAUAUGGAGCAACAUCAGAAAUCAAUAGUGGCAUACGUUUCACAGGUUUUGGAAAAGCCAGGACUUUCUCUAAACCUCGAAAACCACGAGAGAAGAAAAAGAAGGUUACCAGAGACUCCUCUUCCUGCAAGCCGGUCACACGUAGAGCAAGUCGAAAACUUAGAAUCUUCUCUAACAUUUUGGGAGAAUCUUGUAUCGGAAUCAUACGAGAAGAGCGGUGUACAGUCAUCAAGCAUGGAUCUUGAUGCAGCUGAGUCAAGUCUAAGCAUGGGCGAUACACGACCAAAAUCAUCAAAGAUUGAUAUGAACCUAGAGCCUCCUGUUACCAUUACCGCAGCUGCUCCGAAAACAGGAGUUAACGAUGACUUUUGGGAACAAUGCUUGACAGAGAACCCUGGAUCAACCGAGCAACAGGAAGUUCAGUCAGAGAGAAAAGAUGUCGAUAACGAUAACGGUAAUAAGAUUGGGAACCAAAGGACGUUUUGGUGGAAUUCAGGGAAUGUAAAUAACAUUACAGAGAAAGCUUGAUAAUAGUGAAAAAUGAGGUUGUUGUAAAAUAGUGGUUUUGUUUUGCUUCCACUGAGAUUAAUGUAUUUACUCUGUUUCUGUAAAAAUCCAAAUCUCUAUUGUUUGAGAUAAGAGUAAACAUAGAUGCUUACUCUGAACUGAUUCUUGCAUUUAUAUUUCAGUUAUAAUUUACAGAGCCUCGCGGUUUUGUUUUGUA